AUGUUGACCUCGCUCGCACGGGCGUCCCUUCGCCGGGUCGUCUCCCUCCCCCUCCGCCCAUUGACCGCCCCCGUCGCGGCGCGUGCCGUCCUCCUCGCCCCCGCCGUCCGGACGCAACAACCCUUCGGCACGACCAGCUGGGCCCACGAAGCUGCCAAGGGAAAGUCGACCAAGGGCGCCGCCUCCAAGAAGAAGAAGACCACUAAGGCCGCGGCGACCAAGGCUAAGGCCAAGCCCAAGGCCAAGCCUAAGCCGAAGCCGAAGCCCAAGAAGAAGAAGGUGCUGACGCCCGAGGAGAAGGCUAAGAAGGAGGUUAGGGAGCUAAAGGUGGCGGCCCUGCUUAAUGAGCCGGCUAAGUUGCCUGGGACGAGCUGGCUGGUGUACGUGACGCAGGAGCUUAAGGGAAAGUCUGUUGGGGGAGAUCUUGCGGGUAGGACGAGGGCCGUGAGAGAGGCGUUUAGGUCUCUGUCGUCGUAUGAGCUCGAGCGUCUCCAAGAAACAGCUGAGAGCAAUCGCCAGGCCAACAUCGACGCUUACAAGACCUGGGUCGAGAGCCACUCGGCCGAGGAAAUCUACAAGGCCAAUCUCGCGCGCGGCCGCCUCAGCCGCAAGUACAACAAGUCGCACCGCAAGAUCACCGACGAGCGCCUUCCCAAGAGGCCGCUGACGGCCUACUCCCUCUUCGUCAAGGCGCGGUGGGCGAGCGGCGAUGUGUCCAACGUAGCUAGCACUGCGGCGGGUGCUGCUCGCAUACUGGCGGAUGAGUGGAAGGCUUUGCCUGAGUCGGAGAAGAAGCCUUAUCUGGACCAGGCGGCUGCUGAUGCGGCGAGAUAUGCGGAGGAGAAGAAGGAAUUCUCUGACUAG